UUCAUAAAUUUUAACUUUCGAGAUAGGCUGCAUGCAGAGCCCAAUAGGCCUUUUGCAAAAGAAGAACUGACCCCGAUCACAUGCGAAGGAACGUCACGGAAGAAAGAAAAGUAAUCUAUCUUGACGCUCAAAGCUCUGUGGUAAUCACGUCAAGAUGGCGACGCCCACGACCACGAGACAGCUUCCUCAAAAGAAGUUUUAUAGGCAGAGGGCACAUUCGAAUCCAAUGUCAGAUCACACUUUUGAAUAUCCUUUGAAUCCAUCUGAAAUGGAUUGGAGCCAAUACUACCCAUCUUCUCUCCUUGAUGCCAAGUGUAAAGUGGAAUUCCUGGAUAUUGGAUGUGGAUAUGGGGGUUUAUUGGUUUCCCUGUCACCACUCUACCCAGAGAGCCUGAUGUUAGGUAUGGAGAUUCGAAUCAAGGUGUCUGAUUAUGUGCAGCAGCGCAUUGAGGCAUUGCGACAAAAUCAUCCAAAUUCCUAUUCCAACAUUGCAUGUAUUCGAUGCAACGCCAUGAAACAUCUCCCAAAUUUCUUUGAGAAAGGACAGCUGAAGAAAUUAUUCUUCCUAUUUCCUGAUCCUCAUUUCAAAAAGACCAAACACAAAUGGAGAAUCAUCAGUCCAACUCUUCUUGCAGAAUACGCUUACGUCUUAGGAGAAGGGGGCCUGGUGUAUACAAUCACUGAUGUCAAGGAGAUGCAUGAAUGGAUGUCACAUCACAUUGAGGAACAUCCUCUAUUCCAGAGGUUAUCAGAGGAAGAGAUGAAUAUGGAUCCGAUCGUCAAGGCACUCUAUGAAAGCACAGAGGAAGGUCAGAAGGUCACCAGAAACAGUGGAGAGAAAUUCCCUGCAGUCUUCCGAAGGAUUCCGGAUCCUUGGACCCUAACUACUUCAUAACAUUAAACACCUAAUGCUCCAAACAAGAGGUUUAUUUCAACCUGCAAUGAUUUGACAGGUUAUAAGGAGAAUAUCUUCAAUCCCUCCAUUAUAAUGGCAUGUCAGAAUCAGACAACGUCUCUCUUGGCAUUUAGCAGCAUCACUAAGCCAAGAGAGGAUUGCUAGGUGCUGACGUCCAUGUGCCCUCUUUUCUGCAAUAGCACCAGUAAGGGCGAAUGCCUUUAAAGACUGUGGCCCAAGAACCAUAUUUCUUCAAACAAUGCUUUGAAAGGGUAUAAGGAGAAAAUCUU